GUGAGCCCAUACACUUUCUCCAUUUUAUAAAAGAAGGAAAAAUACGGUGGCCAGUUUUAUUCUUGAUUUAGAGACUGAUUGUUGUUGUUAUAGUGUUUUGUGGUCGUUUGUGUCUAGGUGUCAUUUGGAUAAAGUGUUUGCCACACAUUUCUGAAUAAAUGUCAAUGAAAAUUCUCAAGAAGUUACUGGUCAUCUGGACCCUCUCCUUUGCCACAUCCGAAUGUUCGAAACUUCAAAAAUACUUCGAAUGGAACAUCCUGGAUUUCGAAUAUCCGACGAAAUUAAACGACAUGGCCAGAGGCAGGAUCAAGCUGGAAAACGCUUUACCUGUGGGAAUCGAAUUUUGGCAUGACAAAAUGUUUAUUACGGUCCCCAGAUGGAAAGAAGGUAUUCCAUCGACGUUAAAUUACGUACCAAUCUUGUCGCCCCUGAAGAACCCACCGUUGAUGCCUUAUCCGGAUUUGGCAUCCAAUGAACUUGGGAAUUGUGAAAGAGGGUUGUCUACAGUCUACAGAAUCCACGUGGAUCAGUGUGACAGAUUAUGGGUACUGGAUACCGGUACUUUCGGCAUAGGAAACACCACUCAAAACCCGUGCCCUUACGCCAUCAACAUUUAUGAUCUGAAAACGGAUUCCAGGAUACACAGAUAUGAAUUUCGUAAAGAGGACACCAAUAGUAGAACCUUUAUAGCUAACAUUGCGGUUGACCUGGGAAAAUCUUGCGACGAUGCGCACGCGUAUUUCAGUGACGAGUUGGGUUAUGGGCUCAUCGUUUACUCGCUAAGGGAGAAUAAGAGUUGGAGGUUUGAGCAUAGUUUCUUUAUGCCGGAUCCGUUGAAAGGUGAUUUUUACAACGACAACCUGAACUUCCAGUGGGGCGAGGAGGGUAUCUUCGGCAUGAGCCUAACCCCCGAGGGAAAAACCGGUUUCCGAAUUUUACACUUCAGCCCGUUGGCCAGCCACCGGGAAUUCGCCGUUUCUACAGAGAUUUUGAAAAACUCUUCGAAAACCGAGGACAGUUAUCACGAUUUUUAUUAUUUAGAUGAAAGAGGGCCAAAUACACAUACGACCGCCCGAGUAAUGACGAACGAGGGAAUUCAAUUUUUCAACCUGAUCGAUCAAAAUGCCAUCGGUUGUUGGAACUCCAAGAAACCUUACGGGCAGCAAAACAUCGCAGUGGCUGACAAAAACGACGAACUUAUAUUCCCUGCUGAUGUCAAAGUUGACAAGAACAAUUACCUUUGGGUUAUACAGGAUCGCAUGCCAAAGUUCCUUAUCUCGUCUCUGGAUUAUUCUGAGCCGAACUUUAGGGUGUUUUUCGCUCCGGUGGACGUACUCAUAAAAAAUACCGUGUGUGAAGAGAGUAAACCUGUACCCCAAGACAUUAACGCUCUGUAUUACGUUAACGGGGGUUUCAGUAACCCUUUGUAUAAAAACGUUUAUACUGACCGAAGUCUUAAGGAGGGCGAAUACGUUUGGCAGAAUAACGGCGAACAGUAUUUUUUGAACGAUUAUUUAAAUAGUAACAAGAGGUAUUCGAUAUGAUACAUGGUUUGUAAUAGGUUUAUUGAAUUAUUAUGUUAUUAAUUGAUUCUCUUCUUAUGUGAGUUAAUUGUCAGGAUUCAAGGAAGUAUUUUUAAUAUAAGUUUUUUUUUAAGUGAA